GGCGGGGUUUAGGACCCGGCGGGACGCGCGGUACAAUAGAGCUGUUGUGCCGUCCGUGGUGGUGGACAGAUUGCAACCCUGGAGAUUCCCACUGGUGGGAUACAGAAAAAAAACUCCAUUUAAUCUACAGCGAGAACCGGAGCCUCUGUUUUUAUCGGUGUGUGCUGGAAGUUUGGUGUGGACGGAGAAGUGGAGUGAAGCGGGAAGCCGAGCGCCGAGCGGAGGCACAACAUUAAGCGAUUUAAGGGUUUCAGAGAAAUCUACUAGCAUGCUUUUCAACUUGAAAUUUAUGGAUGUUACAGGAUGAAACGUCUCAGGUCCUCGAGCAGCAGCGACAGUUCUGACAAUGAGAGUCCCUCUACGUCCUUCUGCUCCUCCAACAAGUAUGGCAGUAAACCUGGAACCCCCGCCUCCAACCCGAAGAAACCGGCUGAAGUGUUCAGAAAAGACCUGAUCAGUGCCAUGAAGCUGCCUGACUCCCACCAUGUGUCCCCAGAGGACUACUACCUGCUGGCAGACACCUGGAAGCAGGAGUGGGAGAAGGGAGUCCAGGUGCUGGCAAGUCCAGACACCAUCCCAGAGCCGUCUGUCAGAGCUAUUGCAGAGAGACCCAAGGAGGUGCUCUACACCCACCAGAGAAAGUACAUCCAGUGCUCGAGCCAGGAGUCUACAGAACCAGGUUAUGUCAACAUCAAAGAGCUGGCAGAGGCCAUGUGUCGCUACGACCUGGACGACAUGGACCUCUACUGGCUGCACGCUCUCAACAGAGAGCUUGACCGCAUGGGGGAGGAGCCCAUAGACGAGCUGACAAUGGAGCGCACCAUGGAGGCCCUGGAGAGGCAGUGCCAUGACAACAUGAAUCAUGCCAUCGAGACGGUGGAAGGCCUGGGGAUUGAGUACGACGAGGACGUCAUCUGCGAUGUGUGCCGCUCCCCCGACAGUGAAGAAGGGAACGACAUGGUGUUCUGUGACAAGUGCAACAUCUGUGUGCACCAGGCCUGUUAUGGUAUAGUCAAAGUGCCUGUUGGAAACUGGCUGUGUAGGACGUGUGUCCUCGCCAUCGACCCCCAGUGCCUUCUGUGUCCUAAGAAGGGCGGUGCCAUGAAGGCUACACGUGCAGGCACCAAGUGGGCACACGUAAGCUGUGCCCUGUGGAUACCAGAGGUGAGCAUCGCUUGUCCUGAGCGGAUGGAACCAAUCACCAAAGUCUCCCACAUCCCACCCAGCCGCUGGUCGCUCAUCUGCAGUCUAUGUAAAUUGAAGACAGGUGCAUGUAUCCAGUGCUCGGUAAAGAACUGCACCACUCCUUUCCAUGUGACAUGUGCCUUUGAGCACAGCCUGGAGAUGAAGACUAUCCUGGAUGAAGGGGAUGAGGUGAAGUUCAAGUCUUUCUGCCUCAAGCACAGCAAGUCUAAAACUGGGGAAUCUGGCCUGAGCCCAGCUCGCUCUAAACCCCCCGCCGAGGCGGAGAAGGUGGGCCAGCGGGCCCAGAGACUGCAGGAGCUGGAGGAGGAGUUCUACACUCUAAUCCAGCUGGACGAGGUGGCCCAGGACCUCAUGCUGUCCGAGCGCCUGGCGGACUACAUCUAUCAGUACUGGAAGCUGAAGAGGAAAGCUAACUUUAACAAAGCUCUGCUGCCCCCUAAAGAGGAGGAGGAGAACCUGGUGCUGCAGCCUCAGGAGGACAGCAUCCACACACGCAUGCGGAUGUUCAUGCACCUGCGGCAGGAUUUAGAGAGGGUGAGGAAUUUAUGUUACAUGGUGAGUCGGCGGGAGAAGCUGAAGCUGUUGCAGAGUAAAGCCCAGGAGCAGAUGUUCAACUUGCAUGUGACGCUGGUGAACCAGGAGCUCUCUGCUGGCCUUCCUCCUUCAUUUCCAGCAGAGAGUGUGCUGUUUCGUCCUCCCCCGAGGAUAACUCUGAAGCUGAAAAUGCCCAAAUCCUCAAGUCUUGGAAAUGGAAAUCCCAGUUCCAAAUCUGGUAAUGGGCCGCUCUGCCCGGACAAUAGUGGCAAUGUUACUGAACAUGCAGGGGAAGGGCUGGGUCAGGGGAAGCCUCAGAUGCAUGGACGUAGUCGGAGAGAGGAGCGCUCCAACGGACGGCUGUCCUCCUCAGGCCACUCCAGCAGCUCUGCGCUGCCUGUUAAACCCACCGGCAAACCUUUAGCCCUGCACGCUGCGCUCCACGGCCACUCGUCCAACAGCAACGGCAAACUGGACCAGGAGCGAGCGUGCGUGGCUAAAUCUAACGGCCUCUUAGAGAAGUUUGUGGCUCAGAAGGACAGUUCUUGCCAGACGCCCAGUGACCAGGACGCUUCAAAUCAGGCUUUGGACAAGAGCAGCUUUCGCAAGUCUGCCAUGGAGCACUUUGGCAGGUCCUUCAAACAGGCGACCAUUAAAUUGGUGCGGAGCACAGAGGACCUGCGGGCCUCUGACAAACUGUCCCGAAAGGGCUCGUCCAAGGAGAGACUGUGGGACAAACCCGUGACUGAACACAAAGUGAAAAACGCGAGAUCGUACCAGGACAGUGACGGAUACUGUCCUGACUUGGAGCUCAGUGACUCAGAGCCAGAGGCCAAAGGGAGGCACAGACGGCGGCAGGUCGCGCUGCCUCAGCCAGACGCUCCGAGGAAAGGAGUCAGUCAUGGGAAACAGUCGCUGGGCUCCAGACACCCCAUGCAAAGGUGACAGCUGUUUGUACUGUUGUUCUCCUGACCUUCCCAAGUGCCAGGCCGUCUAUGUGAACACACCUCCAUCAGGGACCAGAUCCAAGACCCAGUGCUAACGGCGCUGCAUGCAUAAAGCAGAAGAUGCACGAAGGGUCUUCAAGAACAUCUCCCAGUGAGGUCCAUAAAGAAGCAUAGCCGUGUGUUAAUGUUGGUUUGAGAGGAACAAAAUCUGUCAGUCUUCUGAGAUUAUCAUGCUUGCCUUUCAUUGUGGCUAGCAUUACAUUUUGUACUCAACUUUGUAUGAAACACUCCUGCUGCACACAGGUUCAACUUGCCUUUGACUAAAACUGCUGUACAUAAGAUUGGGAUGUAAAUAAUGUUUAACUGAAUCACACACAUUCCACUUUAUUGAUACUUCAAAAAGUGAAUUUAAGUUGUAGAAAAUAAAACCGACAUGCCAGAUGGGAAUUUUGUAGUGAGUUGUAGUAUUUACUGCACCUGUUUCUUGCACACUGUCUGUUACAGUGUUUCCCCGGGUGAUGCACUGACUUGGUGAUCUUUUCAUUUGUCAAGUAGUUGAGUCAUUUUUAUGAACACAAAUGCCUUUUAUGUGUAGGAAUGCAGUAAUCUGGUAAGUGAUAAUGAAAAGCAUUCAAGUUGUGUAAAAA